AGGCUGUCGUUCUCAUCGAUGAUAAGCGAUGCAAGCGCCAAAGAGGAGUUCAGGAACGCAUCUGGGAGUGACGGUGUGCCAAUUGCUUUGGAUGAUGUGCUUUUCAUCUGCAGCCGCGGGGCCUUGUCGCUGGCCGGGCUGGGCCUGAAGCCGCUGCCGCCGGGCCCGAGGCUCACGCGCCCCGAGGCGCCGGCGAAGCGUGCGCGACUGGAGGGUCCCGGAAGCGAGCGCGAGUGGCAAGCGCCGGUGGACCUAACGGGCACGGAGCAAAGGACCCCGCCCGAAGUGGUGCCGGAACCUGUGCCAGGAGCGGAACGCCUGUGGGAUGGCGUGGAUGAUCCGGCGGCAUUUUCUUACGAGUUCGCCGGCUUUCGGCGAAAAUUGCUGAACCGAAUCUAUUUUGCGGACGAGGGCACCUGGGUGAACGGGCGCCGCACGUUUUGGGACGAGUCGCGGUCCGUCUUCAUGUACUGGCAGAGCCAGAACAAGCGCUGGGCCAUGAGCCAGCGCUGGCAGCAUGAGGCCGAUUUGCUCCUGAAGGUGCGCGAUGGACAAAAUGUGGGCUGGGCAUUCUUCCACAAACCUGGGGUGUGGGCAGAGUACUCCGGCGGUGACUGGUGCAAAGUCAACGUAAUUACAGUCAUCAACAGCAAGGGCUCCGAGCAAUCGACGCCCAAACUGGCAGAGCCCAUUGCGGUGCCACUGGUGAGCUUGCCCUUGCCAAGCCUUCGCCUGGCUGCGGCGCCGGCGCCGGUGCCACCGCCGUUCGAGGCUUCAUUCGGAACAAUGACCAGCCAUGCAGAUUUGACUUCGGGGCAGGACACUCCUCCAAUUGUGAUGGCCUUGCCGGUCGAACCAUGCGAGGAGUACCAUGAUGCCUUUGAUCUUCGGACGCCUUGAUGUGGGAGGAGCUUUGCCGGCCAUGGGCCAAACGCCCAGUGCAAUUUUAAAGCGAAGUAGCUUCGAGCCCGGUGCACCUAAAGUCUUCGAAGCCUGGUGCCUGGCUGUGGCCAUUGCAGGGCUCAGAAGGCCCGGGGAGACUCUGGCAGUUGGCCCUGCGAGGGUGCAGCUGUUAGGGGGUCGUGGUUGGCACCAGAUUAGGCGUCGGGCGUCUCCCAUGGCGCCAAGUUUAACCCGGAUUUCUGAAAUCCUGUGACCGCCCUCGGGGAUUCAUGGGCGUCCUGCCGCCCUGCAACCAAGUUGCAGCCAGCAGUCACCGAGCAACGGAUUCGGGGAGA